AUGAAGCUGUACUUGAACGCUGUGUGGUGUGGAUUGCUGUUGCUGCCAUUCUGCUGUUGCGUGGUCAGCGCUGCACCACGUGAUGAUCCCUCGGAACUGUUUCCCCUUUCGCUGAUCCACGUUAACGACAUCCAUGCGCACUGGGAGGAGAUCGACGUGGCGAGUGUGACUUGCUCGACGGAGCAACAGCAGCAGUCCGACGUUUGCCUUGGAGGGUAUGCCCGAACGGUGACGAUCGUGAAGCGCCUGCGGCAGGAGCGUCCGAAUCCCGUGUACCUCAACAUUGGCGACAACUUCCAGGGAACGCUCUGGUACAAUCUGCACCGUUGGAAUGCCACCGCCUACUUCCUGAACCUUCUACCGGCCGAUGCUGUGACCGUCGGUAAUCAUGAGUUCGAUGAUGGGAUUGCCGGUGUCGUACCGUUCCUGGAGGCACUCCAAUCACCGGUACUGCUGGUAAACGUGGACAACUCAAAAGAACCAACGUUCAACAAGUUCCAACGCUCGAUGGUACUGGAGCGCGAGGGACGGCGGAUCGGUUUGAUCGGUGUGCUGUUGCGUGCCACCGAAAACAUGGCCGAUACCGGUGCGCUGGUGCUGCAGGAUGAGGUAGAAACGGUACGCACCGAAGCGGACCGCCUGGCGGCGCAAGGCGUUGACAUUGUGAUCGUACUUUCGCACUGUGGUCUCGAUCUGGAUCACAUUCUGGCGGCAAAUGCUGGUCCGAAUGUGGACAUUAUCGUUGGUGGACAUUCGCACAGCUUCCUGUACACCGGGGACAAUCCGUCGAUCCCGAUGACACCGGCAGCCGAAUAUCCGGCCGUAGUAACGCAGGACGAUGGCCAUCGGCUGCUGAUCGUGCAGGCCUCCGCGUACACCAAGCUCGUCGGGGACAUUGUGCUGUACUUUGACGACCACGGUAUUAUCCAGCGCUGGGAGGGAAAUCCGAUUUAUCUGGAGAACGAGAUUGUCCCCGAUGCGGAUAUUCUGGCGGCCAUUGCACCGUGGAAAGCGUCGGUCGAUGAGAUCGGUGAGCGUGUGAUCGGAUCGACGGCAGUCGAACUGGCCAAACCACCGUGUAACUUUGGGGAGUGCGUACUUGGUAAUGUGAUUGCGGAUUCGAUGGUCGCAGCGUUCGAACCCCUGGCACCGGCUGGACAGUGGACGUACGCUUCGAUAGCGGCCGUUGCCGUUGGUCGUAUUCGCCAGACGUUGGCCCCGGGAGACAUUACCUUCAAGCAUCUGAUCGAGAUGAUGCCGUUCGAGAAUGAGCUCGUCUGUCUCGAUUUGCGCGGUGAUCAGCUGAUCGGUUUGCUGGAGCACGGUGCCGAGCUGAGCUGGGAUGAGGAUCGCUUUAACGCGAAAAAUCUGAUGCACGUUUCCGGGCUGCGUGUCGUCUACAACGUCACGAAUCCCAUCGGUUACCGGGUCCUUUCGGUGGAGGCCCUUUGUCACGAGUGCGCCGAACCACGGUACGCACCGGUCGAUCCGUUUGCCGUGUAUCGUGUCAUUACCGUGUCCUACCUGGCGGAUGGUGGCGAUGGGUUCGAGAUCUUCCCACGGUACGGCCAAAACCGGGUCGUUGCACCGAUCGGUGAUGCGGAGGCGUUCGAACGUUACGUACAUUCGCGAUCGCCCGUUGCGCCCCAGCUGGAGGCCCGCAUGCAGAUUGUUACGUGAGAGGCGUCGUU